AUGGCGAAAUGCUCCAACUGCGGAUCUUUAGAUUUUCAUACAGACGCUGCUAGAGGAUCAGUCUACUGUGGAGAAUGUGGGAUGGUUCAUGAAGAAAACACGGUUGUAAGUGCUCUACAGUUCGACUCUACAACUUCCAAAACAGUCCUCUACGGUAAAAUUGUAAAUGUUGAAAAUACAAAUAUCGGUACACAGUUCAUAGACUCAAGCUACUAUAUAAAAAACACAUUGAAGAGCAUCUGUCUCAAGCUUAGCUUGGGAAACGACCAUGCUGAGUGCGCAUUCAGAUGGUACAAGCUGUGCCUUCAAUAUUCGCUAAGCAAAGGCAAGUCCAUUCUUUACACUCUUAGUGCAUGUGUCUACAUCACUUGCAGGCAGGAGUCUACUCCUCAUCUCCUUAUUGACUUUUCAAAUGAGCUAAGAAUCGAUUUAUUUAAAAUUGGAAAGGUGUUCUUGAAGAUAAGACAGCUACUGGGCAUAGAUAUUCCCCUUAUUGAUCCUUCUCUCUAUAUGCACCGGUUCUGCUCACAGUUGAAGUUCAAAAACAAAGAAAUUCUCAACUUCAGUACUUUACUUGUAAGCAGGAUGAAAAAGGAUUGGAUUUUGGAAGGAAGAAGACCAAACAAUUCCUGCGGUGCUGCCCUUCUGAUAGCCUCCAGGAUUUUUAACGAAGAACGAGACAUUGCAGAGGUGGCCAGGGCAGUCCAUGCCUCCAUUGCAACAAUAAACAAGCGAUUAGAAGAGAUGCGGGACACUGAGAGUGCAGAACUGCAGAUUGAUCAAUUUAUGGAUGUUUGGAUUAGCAAGGAGGAGAAUCCACCAGUAUUUAAAAAAGCCUUGCAGGCGGAAGUGUCUGAGGAAAGAAUCGAAGAGACUCAUUUUGACACACCAAUAACCACGUUUGAGGACGACAGUGUCGAGAUGAAGGAUGCCGAGACAUUUGACUUUGAUGAUUUUUUGCUGAAUGAGGAUGAGGCCAAGACCAAGGCUGUGAUCUGGGACCAGAUGUAUGGGGAAUACCUAAAAGAAGCUCAGGAGAAGAGGAAGUUGCGCAAAGAAAGUGUCAGAAGGCAUUCAAAGAGGCAUGGAUUUAAUACGGUUGAGGAAGCAUUUCUAAGCUUGGAUAAGAAGGUAUCUUCUAAAUUGAACUAUGCAGCGCUUGAAGCUUUAUUUGAUCCGUCGUAG